AUGUUUGGAAAUGGAUCUCCUGGCGCUCUCUGGUCCGGUGGCCCAACGCCUGGACAAUCUUAUAAUGUUCCUGGUGGUAAAUACAUGCCUUGCAAUGGAUCCUCUGAGCGCACCCUGAACCCCAUUGUUAUGGGAUCAUCUAUUCUUGGGGUUCACUAUAAUGGUGUUGCUGUAAUUGCUGCAGAUAUGCUUGGUUCAUAUGGUUCCCUUUCAAAAUAUCGUGACUGCCCUAGGCUUCUGAAGGUUAACGACACAACAGUGAUUAGAGCAUCAGGAGAUUAUGCUGAUUUUCAUUGUUUUGGUGCAUAUCUGGCUCCGCCCAUUAUUCUUGAUGCCAUGGAGAAGAAGCCUGGCAUGACCAAGGGUGAGGCCGUCCAACUGAUUGACAGGUGUAUGAAACUUUUGUUCUACAGAGAUGCCAGGGCCUUCAAGAAGUAUCAAUUAGCCGUUAUUACAAAAGAAUGA